AUGAUAACCAGAAAAAAUCUUUUGACUCCCUACGUCGUUCUCCCAGUGGAUCUCCAGGAUUCUCGUUUCGCAGCCCUUUAUCUCGCCUCGAUCCUCCUCGUCUUACCCAUCUCUUUAACUGUAGCAUGUAAUAAGAUACUCUUAACUCCACUAUACAACAGUCUCCCUUUGACUCUAAACCGCGAAUUCUUGUACAUCCUCGUAGCUUCCCUCCCAACUUUGCUGUACUGGCGUCUCACUCUACAUUCACCCGCCCGAUACGCCAUUUCCGCCAGGGUAUGUUUUAGUGUUAUCGCCGCUUCAACCGAAUUCGCAUCUAUCUUCGGCAGGCGAAUAGGAGGUAACUUAGGGACCACGUUUGGUCCAGUGUGGGGAGGUUUUCUAUCACGAUUUAUCCUCGGAGCGGGAGUAAUGGGAGGAGGUAUAUCUUUUGCUUUGCUUUGCUUUGAUCAUAUUUCUCCUCUCCGUCCAUCAAACUCGCCAUUCGACCAACAUCGUCAUCUGUUACAGCUAUUAGCGCAAGCAACAGCUUAUGCUGUUCAUAUUUGGUUAGCCGAGAGAAUGGCUUCAGAUCUGUUAUCAUCUCGCUGGUUGAUAUCAUUCAAUCCUGAGAAAAUAAUUCUCGUCAUUUCUAUCGUCUUAACCACAUGUUCCUUUUUUCUCAUGCCGAGCACCUCACCUUCCUUCCCGGAUCGUCUCGAAAGAUAUAUCACUACCAGACGCAGUCUGACUCCCACCACAAAACGUAAUCUGAACUCGAUACUCUCGCGCCUCCCAUCUCGAGGUAGUACACUUUUAUUGGCAUUUCGGAUCCCUCUCAUUCUCUUAGCGUUGAGAACACAAUUCCUCCGUCCUCUACCACCUUACGUCGCUAUCGAAGGUAAUCUCCGUAUACUAUCUUCUGAACGAGGUAUAACGGGACAGGUGGUAGUGGCGGAAAAUAUAAAAGAGGGAUAUAGAUUUCUAAGAUGUGAUCAUUCCACUCUUGGAGGUCGAUGGGUGAGACAUACUCCAAACAAAUCCGGUGAAAAUACUCAAUUUGGUGAUUCCGUAUUUGCCGCAUUUGCAUUGCAGGAAGUUGCUUUACUAGCGAAUAGACAUAAACAGGACGAUGGGCUCGCACGGACUCUGGAAUUGACAACGGACAUCGAAUUAGACUUGGAGAGUUUUACCCAAAGUGAAGAGAAUGAUAGAGCUUUGAUAAUUGGUUUGGGAGUGGGCAUAGCAGCGAACACUUUUGUGAAACGUAGUUUGAAUGUCGACAUAGUAGAAAUCGACCCAUUGGUCUAUACAGCCGCCGAAAAAUACUUCGACCUCCCACCUCCCACUUCCAAAUACAUCAUGGACGGAACCAUCUUCGUCCAUUCUCUCGCCACACUCUCGCGAGAGGGACAAUGGAACGGAACGAAAUAUUCUUAUGUUAUACAAGACUGUUUCUCAGGAGGUGUGGUGACUUCAAGUUUGUUCACAAAGGAGUUUUGGGAAGAUUUGAAGGAAAUCAUGUUACCUGAUGGAGUUGUGGUGAUGAACUCGGUAGGAUUACUCGAUAGUAAAUCAAUGAAAGCUGUAGUUACCACAUUUUCAUCCAGUUUCCCCCAAUGCAGAUCAUUUAGCGAUAUCCCUCCUGAAACUAUUCGACCAAACGAACCUUCUAACUUGAUGGUUUUUUGUUAUAUGGCCGAAUCACCUUUAUUAACUUUCCGUGAACCUACUAUCGAAGAUGUCAUGCGUUCUCCUCUCCGAUCUCAUGUCUAUUCUACCUUUUUAUCCAACGAAAUUCCUAUUUCUGAAAUCCUUCAAACUGAAGAUGAAGUUGAUUCUGGGCUUAUGAUCACUUCGGAUAAUCCUUUGAAGGACGAAUGGCAACUUUCGACUUCUAUCUCUAUGUGGUACGCUAUGCGAAAAAUUCUCACACCGGAAAUGUGGAUGGCUUAUUGA